AUGGCCCGCCCUCCAGUGACUGCACGUGAGCUUGUGCAGAAGGCUGGCAUGGACUACGCGGAAACAGAACGCAGCUUGGAGCCGCAAGCAGAUGCAUCGGCGCGGUGGCUGUAUCCAGUAUCGCGGGUAUGGCCCAUGGGUUUCUCAUGGUCCAGCUACUUCCCCCAGAAGAAGCUUUUAAGUGUGUGUGUGUGUGUGCUGGCGCUGGCUUGGGCAGACUGCAUUCUAGCAACGGACUUGCCGACACCUCACAGCAUGGCCUUCGCCGCGGCCGCCGAUGAUGUCAUGCUCUUUAGCAACGCCGGCCCAGGGGUCACAGCUGCAGCCGCUGAGCGCUUGGACGCAGCUAUGGUCUCCCACGAUGUGCUCAAGAACUCCGCCAAAGACGUCACAGAUUGCCUCAAUGCCACAUGUGUUGGGGUGAGCUUGGAGAAUGGUGUGCAGUGGGCCGUUCCUCCAGAACGUUGCUUAGCUUUGGUAGUGUGCACAACACAGCUUGCUGCUGGCAAGCAGGCAUUGCCAGAGCAAAUUCUCCAGCUCUUGGGCAGCCUUCAGUGGUACGAUUUGCUGCGCAGACAGCAGUUGGCCGUGCACCAGCAAGUCUACAAGUUCACAACGCACAAUGAUGCUUUUCACCAGCAGCUUGUGCAGGAAGAUGUGCUAGAGGAGCUGUUGUUGGGAUGCUUCUGGGAAUAUUCUGGCUCACUGACCUUCGGAAGCCGACCCUUAAGCUAA